UUAUUUAAAAAUUAAAUUUUCAGUGAAAAUUCAACUAAGCACUUUUGAUCAAAAUUGUUAAUAAUUAUAAAUUGUAAUGGCUGAAUGAAAAAUGAAGCAUUCUGUCAAAAUUCAGUGGUUAUGAUUCCUGAAUGCCUUAAUGGGUAUGAAAGAAGGUUUUUUCCAGAUAUUUUUAUCAUCUGCCAUACAUAAUAAAUAAUGAAGUUUUAAAUGGCAGAAGUGACGAUACAAAAAAAAUCCAGUUUUAGAGAAUCGGAAGGAUUACGACACAGUGGAAUUCAAUUUAAAAAGCACAAUGAUGGACUCCAGGAAUUAAUGUAAAAUCUCCAAGGAAAUUUAGCUUCAACUGACUCGCAAAUGAAGACCAUUAGUAACUCUCCACAUCUCGAUGAACCUCUAAAACAAGCCCAAAUGAAUGCUUUGCUCUCAGAAAUUAAAGUUUUAAGUAAAAGUCUCCAAUGAGGUGUUGCAACGAAAACAGAAAGAAUUCAGAUGAAAUGGUGCACUUGUACGAGGAAAACUGUAAGUUGUCAUCAAAAAUAGAAGAUUUGAAUCGAAGUUUAGAUCAAAGACUUAUUCAGAAUUUCAGUCUCAAGGAGGAGAACACGCGAUACAAGUGGGAAAAGAAAAGGCUUCACAGUCUCUUGACAAUGCAGGCAAUUGAAAAAAAGUCUUUGAAUGGAAAUUCACCAUCGAAUAAAAUUGCAAUCGUUGAAAAAAUAACGAAACUGGAAAGAGAAAAUAUAGAAUUAAUGAAAAGGAAUCAGGAAAUUUUGAAACUCUUGCAAGUGGAAAGACAAAACUAUGCCAAGUUUUUGAGAUUUAUUUUUUUAAAGAUACUCGUUUUCAAGCGUUUCACACUUUCACAAAAUCAGAUAGUAAAUAAUGAUUCCAGAAAAUUUAAAAAUAUUAAUACUAAAAGAAACUUACUAAUAGGACAUAAUGACUGUUUUUUUGUUAAUUUGUGCAAUAAUCAAUUAGAGGAAGAUUCUAUUUCUUCUGAAAAUAGAUUGAAUUCUGUCAUUGAUCAUUUUUUGUCCAAUCACGAAAAUAAAUGUUUUCUUUCUACUCGUGACGUGUCUGUCUUGUGUAAAUUAGGGGCUAUAAAUAAUGAAAAUCAAGUAAAAUUCAAGGCAAAUGAUACGGACCCGUUUCAGAAUAAAUUUUACAAUAGGAACAGAAAGGUUAAUCCUCAUCUAAAAGCAGUAAGCUCUGGGGAUUGCAAUCCUUCAUCUAAUUUGCAAAGGGUAAUUCUCUUGAUUCAACUUUACAAGGAGAAGUUCCACAAUGAAUUUGAAGAUAAGAUCAAUUCAAAAGUGAAGACUCAACCAUCAUCAGAAUUUAGGAAAGUUAAUAAGAACCUUAAGACCAGUUUUUGUCCUAUUGAGUCGAAACUAAGAUUGAAUCAGUUUAAUUACCUGAAAAGAAAAAAUCCUGUUAGUUCAUCUAUUUCGCACAUUAUUCGUAUCAGAGGCAAUAAUAAAAUAAUACCUACAAAAAAUGAUAUCUACCAGAAAAAAAGCAUUUCGAAGAUUGAAAAUUCUGUAUUGGGUUUGGAUUCAAAAUUAGAAGUUGUGAUAAAACCUCUCCUGAGUUUAGAGUAUGAGAAAAGUAUGCUUGGAAAAAGAGAAAAUCAGGAAUAUUAUCUUGAAUUAUUUAGUUCAGGAAAGGACAUUUUUUGGAAUAAUGUGGUUUUAAGGAUUCGAUUAAAUGAAAUAUUCUCAAUAAAGUUUCAUGAUUCUUUUAUAAUGAAUAAUUUAGAAAAUAAAUGUAGGAAAUUCGAUAUGGAACCAAAUUUGGUCAGGAUUGAAGUUCAAGAUAGGAAGAAAAAUUAUUUGGAUUCGAGGGAAAACAUUUUAAAAAUCGAGAAUUGUGAUGGGAAAACCAUUUUUGAAGAAGUGGAAUCUUGUGAUCAGGGUGAACUUUUAGACAGUCAUGAAUCUGCUUUGUAUUCUGAAGUUGAAGCAAAAAAUUAUAAAAUUUUAGAAUAUAAUCGUAAAAAUGGAGAACUUAUUUCCAAGAUUGAAAGAGAAAGAAAUGAAAUUGAACAAACUAAAAUGAAAGAAAAAGAUCCCAAUAUUCAGGAAUUUGAUUACAAAAUCAAAGAACUAAAUUCUAGCAUGGAAUCAGAACUUCAAAUUGGCGGACAUACUAAAUUGGAAGAGAAUCUAAAAAUACAAGAAGACAUUAAAACAGUAGAAAAUCUUAAGAUUAAAAGUUUCAUCAUAUCCAAAACCUGUAUGAAUAGAUCUUUGUCUGCAUAUCCAAUGCCAUUUUCACCUUCUGUUCAGAAUCUUGAAAAGCCAAGACUAAUAAGAAACAGAAACUCAGUUCCGAAAAUUGAAAAAGUAACUUUUAAGGUGGAAGAAGCAUAUAUAAAAGUUGUAGAAAAGGAUCUAAAAACUAAAAAAGAAAGAUUCAAGGUUGCAGGAAUAGGUCCUAAAACGGAAGGUCAGAAUACAAAAAUUUCAAAAGAUGUUAUAUCCAAAACCCCUAAAGAAUUUAAUACAAUUUUGGUACGAAAAAGGAUAGGUAGAUCCUUAUCUGCAGAUCGAACUCAAUUUUCGUCAACUUUUCACAGAAUAAAGAAGGCAAGUGAAAAAGAAGAAAAAGUCCUUAAAGUUGUUGAAAUAAAUCCUAAAAGUGUGGAAUACGAAACUGAGAUUGAAAAAGGAAAUUAUACGCUUAAAAAACAAGACAUUAUAAUUGAAAAAUUAAGAAUGAAAGUUGAAGAGCUAAAUUCCAAAAUUAAAGCACAAUAUGCUAAAAUUGAAGAAACAAAUUCUAAACUUCAGGAGAAAGAUUAUAGAAUUGAGAAAUCAGAUUUAAAAAUUCAGAAACAAGUCGUGAGCAUACAUGAACCAGAUAUAAAAAUUCAGGGAGAAGAUGUUAAAAUUCAAGAAACCAAUUGUAAAAUUCACAAACCUGAGAUCCAAUUUCAAGAACCUGAUCUUAAAAUUCAGGUACAAGAUGCGAAAAUUGCAGAAGAAAAUUACAAAGUUCAAGCAGAACAUAUUAAAAUGGAGGAAACAGAUUCUAAAAGUCAGGGACAAGAUAUUCAAAUAAAAAGAUUACAUUCUAAAUUUGAAGAAUCUGAUUCUAACAAUCAAGAAGUUUUUAAAAUACAAGAAAAACAUCGUAUUAUUAUCGAUCCUAAUUUAAACAUUGCAAAACGAAUUCCUGUAAUUGAAAAUCUUGUAUUUAACAUCCCAGAUGAUCCGAUACACAAUAUGAAAUUAAAAAAAGAAAUUGAAGAAAAGUUACAGACAAUCUUAAAACGUAAAAGGAAAAGUAGACUCUCAUCUGCAGAUCAAACUCACUAUUCGCGUUUUCAGGACGUAGAAAAGAUAAAUCUAGAAUAUAAAAAAGACGAUUCUAGAAAUAAAAACAUUCUUUCGAAAAAAUCGGAACAAUAUGUAAAAGUGAUAAAAACAGGGAAAGAAUUUAAACGAGAGUUGGAAGUAUUGUUGAGAGUAAAAAAAGUAUUUGAUAGUAAAGCUUCCUUGAUUAGUUCAAAGGCGUUCAAAGAAGGGGAUUUGAUUCAGAUAAGUGAAAUUAUAAAUAAAAAUAAGAGCCAAAAGAAUCUAGCAACCCAGAAAAAAAUUUCUAAAACAAAAACCAUUCAAUCAUCUCAGAAGGUUAUUAAGAAAAAAAAAUUGAAAUAUUCGAAGCGGACUCAAACCUCAGAAAUAAAAUUAGAAAAGCCAAAAGUCUCUAGAAAGGUUCAAAUAUCAUCGAAGAGCUCAAACAAAAAAGUAUCCAAAUCUCUUCAUAAAAAGACUUUGUCAACAAAUUCUGUUGAUUUUCCUACAAUAGAAUUUAAAACAAGGCCAAAGUCUGCAGGAAAAUCAAAACCAAAAGUCGAAACUAUAGUCAAAGUGAAUAAAACAGAAUCUCAAGAACAAAUAAAAACAAAAAGAAAAAUUAAACAUCGAACUAAAAACAUACCAAAAUUAGUAUUAACAGAAGUUGGGGAGUUAUCUGUAUUAUCAGAAAUUCAAGUUACGAAAUUGUCAAGAAACUUCUUGAAUGAAUCUACUGAAACAAAUCCGCGAGUGGAUUUUUGUGUAUUUAAAGAAAAAUCUGAUAUCAAUGAAGACAUGAAUAAAACGAAGACAAUAAUUUCAAAGAGAGAUUUUCUCUUCGAAGGAGUUAAAGAUUCUUCAAACUCAAUUUCUAUGCAAAGUAUAGGAAAUGACGGGUCCUAUCGACUUUCUUCAAAGAAGUUUCUUUUUCCGUCAAAGACGCCGGAUACUACGUCCUUGUUUUUAACAAAUCCUAUUUCAAGGCUACGUCAGUCAAAUGAAGGAAAAGAGGAAAAUCAGUUGGAAAAUAAAUAUAGAUCUACGAAUAAAAGGAGUUCAAAAGAAUCAGGAAGAACGGCGAACAAAGUCAGCAACUGCAACGGAGGAUCGAAUAUAGAGAGUUCAUGGAAAGGAUAUUCGGAUAAACAAAACCCAAACAAUUCACCCGCAAAUUGUGAAAUAGUAAAUAUGAGUGAUAAGCACAAAAUCUCUUUAAGGAGUGAUGCAAUUGAAGGAAGUGAAUACCCAGUGACGUCACUGACUAGAAAUUACCCAGGCGCCCCCGUGAUUAUGAUUGGCGGUGAUCCGAUGACCAACCAAAUUAUUCAAAAGGAGAAAAACCAACCAGGUCGAACCUGGAGCGAUGAGAUAUCGAAAAUUGAGGCCUGGAAUGUUAGGGUUAGGGAUUAUCUUAAGCAAGUAAGGGUAAAAUUGUUGGAAGAAGAAAAAGCUCUCGAGAAAGAAAGACAAGGACUUCGACAAGGAAACUAUUCGCCUGGGGAUGGAGAAGAGCUAACUUCGCGAAAAACGGUAGAAUCCAGAUAUCCAAAGACACCGAAUAAUCUUGAUAGUGCAAUAAAAAUAGACUUGCAAGGAAUCUCGCGAGAUGUAGAAAGAGUGAAAAACAUUAUAAAUAAUCACAUAGCUGUCCGAUAUCUGAAUCGCCGGGAUUUUCAUCGAGUCAACGAGAAACUGAAAGAUGAAGCAGGAUCGGUAACCAAGUUAUCCUGCCGGUCCUCAGGGAAUGUGACUGCUAUACUGAGUGACAUUGGGGAGUAUUGGAAUACCUUUGAUCUCCAGAUGCAUGUGCCGAAGGCAACAGCUAAGAUCAUUAGGAUGUCUAAAGAAACUAUUCAGUAAAAGCAGAAACUUUGUUGAUAAUGACAAAACAGCUUCCCCAGAUGAAAGUGAAAAAGGCUCAGUCUGACAUUUCAAUUAUUUAUUUUCAAGAACGGUACUCGUAAAUACAGUGCUUUCUUACAAGGAAUAUGGUAUGAGCCGGAAGCCCUUUACCAAUAAUAAAAGUAAAAGAAAUUCCAGAGGGAUGAAGAAAUAACAAGAAGAACAAGAUCCUUGUUUAGCAGAAAAUCUUUAGAAUAGAAAUUCAUAACACUAGAAAUAAAGCACGGAAAAUAAUUUUUAGUAGAAAGAUGAAUCCUUCGAGAAAUAUCGAGGUUUAAUCGAAAAUUGUAUUUAGAUAUUCCAUUUGUAAUUCUAAAAAACUGUUUUUGAAUGGAAUCCAUAUUUCCGUAUAUAGAAAUAUUUAUUUAUAUUGAUUCGAAGGUUUUGAGAUUAUUCUUAGAACAUAUUCUUUCAUAUCAUUUGUUAUUUUGUUCAGAGAGUUUCUUAACCAUCCCAUAGAACUGUGGGAAAAAGUGAUUUAUAAUUUCAGGUAAAUGUAAAAGUUUGAAUCACUGCAUAAAAAAACAGUAAAUUUUCAAAUUUUAAAUGAGGCACUCGAAAUAUUUAAUUCAGUGAAAUACGUAAAAAAAUGUAUAGCUGAACCACCGAUAUUUAUCCUUGAUGUGGCUUCGAAUAUCUUUGAAAUUAAACCAAGGCUACUGGCAAAAUCUUUAAAAUUAA